GAAACGCAAUUUGACAGAUUCUGUCGCUGUGUCUGUUGCUGAGGUUUUUGGGAACAUUUAAUUUUGCUUUACGUUUCAAGAAUGUUAUCAAAAUAGAUAACGAUUAUGUUGCGUGUUAGUUCCUUCACGAACAGGUGGUAAUGUCGCGUCAGAGUUAGUAAGAAGCACACUCUCUGUAACGCCGAGAGAAAUGCCACUGUCGUGAUCAGGACCGCGUUUUGUUCUUUAUUUUGCCAAAAAGGGCGCACAAUUGUUGUGAACGUUAUGUAAUGUGUAUUGUAGUGUUAUCGUGAGUGCUUAUAAUAUUGUGGGGAAGAUGAGGACGGUGGCGUUGAUCAGCGGGGGUAAGGACAGCUGCUACAACAUGAUGCAGUGUGUCGGCGCCGGGCACACGAUCGUCGCGCUGGCCAACCUCCAACCUACACAUAAAGAUGAGAUGGACAGCUAUAUGUACCAGACAGUGGGCCACCAAGGAAUAGACCUGUAUGCAGAGGCUAUGGGUUUGCCACUCUAUAGGGAAGCAAUAACUGGCAAUGCUGUGAACCAAGGCAAGAGUUAUCACCCCACAGACAAUGAUGAGGUUGAGGACUUGUACAGACUUCUUUCUAAAAUUAAGAAUGAUUUAGAUAUAGAAGCGGUCGCCGUUGGUGCCAUAUUAUCCGAUUACCAAAGAAUUAGGGUUGAAAAUGUAUGUCACCGGUUAGGUCUAGUCUCGCUUGCGUACUUAUGGAGGCGGAACCAAAAGGAAUUGUUGCAGGAGAUGAUCGCUAGCGGUGUUGAAGCUAUCAUUAUUAAGGUGGCAGCACUAGGCUUGGACCCGAGGGUACACCUAGGUUUAACCCUUCGCGAGAUCCAGCCUCACCUACUAGUCAUGCAGGAGAAGUACGGGCUCAAUGUGUGCGGGGAAGGCGGCGAGUACGAGACCUUCACGCUAGACUGUCCUUUGUUUAAGAAGAAAUUAGUUAUAGAUGAUAAGGAAUUGGUGUUACACUCGGACGACCCCGUCGCUCCGGUCGGCUACUUAAACUUAAAACUUCACCUCGCGCCAAAAGAGAACUUCGACGAAGCAAUCAAACUACCUCCAACUGUUAAAAACCCGUUAGAUUUUGUAAACGAUUUAAGCGAUUCGGUGUUUAGCGAUAUAAGCGAUAUUGAGUUGAGCGAAACAGAGUUAGAGUCUAUAGAGAAGUUAGAGAAAGAGGAGAAGAAGAAGCAGAAUGAACUGAAUCCUUUGCUCACGUAUUCUGGUGAUAAGGUUACUGGUGUGGAGGUGGAUUAUCAGGAGGAGUCUGAUAGCAUAGCGGUGGCUGACGGGUACACGUACGAACAAGCUCACAGUAAACACGAAGGGCAGCCGAUCCUGGACCAUCGGAGUAUAUACGGCAACAAGCACGGCUGGUACUUCAUCGGUGGUAUUGUAGGAGAGGGCGUCGAUACGAGGCUCGCCACUGAAGUCGCUAUGAAAAAACUCAUUAGCUUACUGGAUUCCGAGUCACUGCGUCUUAACGACGUAUGCUCAGUCAACAUUUAUAUGAGGGACAUGGAAGAAUACGCUGCUUUGAACGAAGUCUACGUGAACACCUUUAACUUCCCCAAUCCGCCGACGCGUGUGUGCGUGCAAUGUCCAUUGCCCGAUGAUAUAGGACUUAUAUUUGAUGCUGUUGCGCACAAAUCGACAUUCAACAACACCCACGACUGCGAGGGUGCGGUCACGAAGGAGCGCGUCACCAUGCAUGUUCAGGGCAUCUCGCACUGGGCGCCAGCUAACAUCGGGCCCUACAGUCAAGCUGUGAAGGUCGGCGAAGUGAUGGGCACGUGCGGGCAGAUCGCGCUGGUGCCGGGCACGCUGCAGCUGGCGGGCGGCGGCGCGCGGGCGCAGUCGGCGCUGUCGCUGCGCCACCUCACGCGCCUGCUGCGGGCGCUGCAUGCGCGCGCGCACAUCCGCAGCGUGGUGCAGAGCGUAUGCUACGUGACGCACGGCAGCGCGGUGUGGGAGGCGCGGCGGGCGCUGGAGCGUCGCACGGCGGGCGCCAUCGUGCAGUACGCGGUGGUGCAGGCGCUGCCGCGACACGCCGCCGUCGAGUGGCACGCCUGGGCGCAUACUGACAAUAACCGGUUUGAGUAUGAGGAGACAGGUUGUAAUGUAGGCGACUACAAGGUCGCCAUCACGAGGAGGUGGAACUACGAGAAUACCGUCGCCGCCUUCGUUUGUUAUGUUGCUACAAGUUCAUCCCCUUCCACGUGCCAGCUAUCAUUUCCCAGCGAGGAAGUGUGCACAACGCACCGCGUCCGCGCAACCAGUAUGACGCAAGAACAAAUUGAAGAAGUACUUGAAUACGCGCUUCGCAAGCUCACGCAAGCACGAGAUAUGGACUCCAGACAUGCUGUUAAGAUGCGGAUAUUGUACCAGGUAUGGAGCGCUCCCCCAGUACCAGCGCUUCUGGCGGCGGUGUCAGCAGUCCGCGCCCGCACGGGCGUCUGCGCAGCGGUGACGGCGGUGCCGGUGCUAGCGCUGCACAACGCCUUCACCUUCCUCUCCAUCAGCGGCCUCAGGCUCGACGAGUGACGUCACACAGGUCUAGCUACUGCUGCGUGUUUGUGAUGAGGCUCGGCGGGUGAUGUUACACAGGUUUCAUCGAAAUAUAAGGAUACAGAUGCUUUAUUGCCAGUUUAUAAAAUAUAUUUGCUGAAUAUUUUCAGUGUUUAUAAAAUUUUGUUAAAUUAUGCUACCGAGUUUACCAUACUGUAAGUCAAAUUAUAUAUACAUUAUUUUUUAUUGCA